GGACUUGACUAAGACUUUUGAGUGUAUUGCUAAUUGCAUGAAGUCAAGAAAGACUUUAUGUUCAUUUAGAAAUUCACAAUUGUGUUUGGAUUGAGCUUGGAAGUGAAAGCAUGGAGAUGGAGAGCAACCUUAUGAUGAAGAAUCAAAAGCUGGAAGCCUUUGAUAUUCUCAGAAAAGCUCUUGUAAUCUCUGCCAGAAACACCAACUUCUUCAUCUUCACAAUUCUCACCUCCCUUCCUCUCUUCUGUUUCUUGGUUUACUAUGAAUCUGUUCUCCAAAAAUUCCUAGUUCAAAUCUCAGAAAUUCUAAAACAACCCCUUGAUGACCUCGUCCUCGACAAUGUUUGGACCAGACCAUUUGAUAUAACCAGAAAAAUGAACAAAGAGUAUACUGAUGGGUUCAUUCAUCUGGGUCUUCUCUAUCUGGUGCCUCUCCAUCUCCUAGAGCUCAGCACCGUGUUCGUGGUUGUUGAUUUGGCAUCAAAGAUAUACACAGAAGAGGGACCAUUGAUGACUCUCAAGGAGAUGCUACAUAUACCCUUAGACAAAACAAGACUGAAGGGCACUUUUAUAACAUCUCUCUAUGUUCUUGUCUUCUCAACUUGUGCUUUACUUGGAUUGAUAUGGUUAGCAACAACAUUCUUUGUUGUAUUCAAAGACGUAAUGUAUGAUUUGUUCUUUGUUGUAUGGUGUGGGCCAUCAUUUGCAGCACUGCUAACAAUUUAUUUGGCAUGGAGUGCUGUGUGGAAUGGGAGUCUUGUGAUUUCAGUGUUGGAGGGGACAUAUGGCAUCAAGGCAUUUGCUCUAGCAAUAUAUUUUAGCAGUGGGAGUGAGUGGAGAGGGAUUCUUUUGAUGCUUAUGUUCUUUGCUUGGGAAAUUAGCUUGUUCUGCUUUGGGAAUGUGGUGAAAUGGGUCGCCUGCACGAUAUAUUUCUGCGAUUGCAAGAACCGGGCUUUAGAGAAGAGGUUGAUGAUGAAGGGUACGACAGGUGAAAGCUGUGGAUGAAAAACAGCUUGUGCAUAUAUGUGAUCAUGAUGAUCAGAAACUCCAGAGUACAA